AUGUCUGCUUCGGCCCUAUUGAAAAGCCGUGUGCGGCGCCCAUCCUACCUCAAGAAGCUCGCCAAAGCUGAGGAUCUCAUUCACCACUUCCCCAAUGGCACGUACAUCGGCUGGUCCGGUUUCACCGGUGUUGGGUACCCCAAGAUGGUUCCCACUGCUCUCGCAGACCACGUCGAGAAGAACAGCCUCCAGGGACAGCUGAAGUACAACCUGUUUGUCGGUGCCUCCUCCGGCGCAGAGACCGAGAGCCGCUGGGCCCGCUUGAACAUGAUUGAGCGCCGCAGCCCUCACCAAGUCGGAAAGGAAAUCGCAAAGGGAAUCAACAACGGCGAUAUCAAGUUCUUCGAUAAGCAUCUAAGCAUGUUCCCCUCGGAUUUGGUCUAUGGCUGGUACACUCUCAACAAGCCCAAGCCCACAAUCGACGUGGCAGUCAUUGAGGCCUCCGCCAUCACCGAAAACGGAGGCAUCAUCCCCGGUGCCUCCGUCGGCGCUUCCCCCGAACUGAUCCAGAUGGCUGAAAAGGUCAUCAUCGAAGUCAACACCUCCAUGCCCUCCUUCGAAGGCCUGCACGACAUCACCGGCUCCGACCUUCCCCCGGGCCGCAAGCCCUACCUCAUCAUGGCCCCGGAGGACCGCAUCGGAACCAACUACAUCCCCAUCGACCCGGAGAAGGUCGUCGCCAUCGUUGAAUCCAACUACCCAGAUCAAACCCUGCCGAACGCCCCCGAAGACGAAGGCUCCCAAGCCAUCGCCUCGAACCUGAUCGAGUUCCUCAAGCACGAGGUCAAGCACGGCCGCCUCCCACCCAACCUCCUCCCCAUCCAAUCCGGCAUCGGCAACAUCGCCAACGCAGUCGUCGGCGGCCUCAGCAAGGGCGGCGCCGACUUCAAGAACCUCAAAGUCUGGACCGAAGUCCUCCAAGACUCCUUCCUCGACCUCUUCGACAGCGGAAACCUCGACUUCGCAACAGCAACCUCCAUCCGCUUCUCCCCAGACGGAUUCAAGCGCUUCUACGAUAACUGGGAGCGCUACGCGGGUAAGCUCCUCCUCCGCUCCCAACAAGUCUCCAACUCCCCCGAGAUCAUCCGUCGUCUCGGCUGCAUCGGAAUGAACACCCCCGUCGAAGUCGACAUCUACGCCCACGCAAACAGUACCUGUGUCAUGGGCUCGCGCAUGCUGAAUGGACUCGGCGGUUCGGCUGAUUUCCUCCGCAACUCGAAGUACAGUAUCAUGCACACUCCUUCCGCACGUCCUAGCAAGAUUGAUCCUACCGGUGUGAGUUGCAUUGUGCCUUUCGCUACGCAUAUCGAUCAGACCGAGCAUGAUCUCGAUGUUGUUGUUACCGAGCAGGGUCUUGCUGAUGUUCGUGGCUUGUCGCCCCGUGAGCGUGCGCGCGUUAUUAUUAAGAAUUGCUCGCACCCUGAUUACACCCCUAUUCUCACUGAUUACCUUGAUCGUGCGGAGUUCGAGUGUCUGCGGAAGGGUAUGGGCCAUGAGCCGCAUUUGCUUUUCCAGGCAUUCAACAUGCACAAGAAUCUCCAGGAGAAGGGUACCAUGAAGAUUGACUCUUGGGAGUAA